AUGGUUACCACCCUCAGCAAGGGUGCUGAAAACCAGAUGCAUCCAGUUUACAGGGAUGGUGUGGAGAAGCUGACCUGGAGGGACCGUCUGCCUGGAUACCUCAUCAACAUCUCCUCCAUCCUCUUUAUGUUUGGGCUGACGUUCUCUGCGGUUUUCGGUGUGAUCGUGUAUCGUAUCGUCGUUUCCGCUCUAAUGGCGAUGUCACCUGACCCGGAGACCAAGUCUAACGUGCGUGUCACCGUCACGGCAACCGCUGUCAUCAUCAACCUGGUGGUCAUUCUGAUACUGGAUGAGAUCUACGGAGCUGUGGCCGUCUGGCUCACUGAGCUGGAGAUUCCAAGGACAGAGAGUAACUUUGAGCAGCAUCUGAUUCUGAAGGCUUUUCUACUGGGUUUGCAGUGUGCCCCUGGAGGUUGUUUAAUAGAGUUAUGUAUUCAGCUCAGCAUCAUCAUGGUGGGGAAACAACUCAUUCAGAACAAUGUCUUUGAGAUUGGCAUCCCUAAGUUGAAGAAGUUGAUCCGAGCAUGGAAGGGUAAGGGGAUUUCAUUGGAGGAGAGAGAGGAGCAGCGUGCCAGACCUCCUCAACAGUGGAACCUCGACUACACCCUGGUCCCCUUUGAAGGACUGACCCCCGAGUACAUGGAGAUGAUUAUCCAGUUUGGUUUUGUUUCUCUGUUUGUCGCAUCGUUCCCUCUGGCUCCUCUCUUCGCUCUUCUCAACAACGUGAUCGAGAUCCGCCUCGAUGCCAAGAAGUUUGUCACCGAGCUGCGACGACCGGACGCUGUCCAAGCCAAAGACAUCGGAAUCUGGUACAACAUCCUGAGUGGAAUGGGAAAGUUCUCUGUCAUUAUAAACGCGUUUGUGAUCUCGUUUACCUCAGACUUCAUUCCCAGGCUGGUGUACCAGUACAUGUACAGUCAGACGGGCACCAUGCACGGCUUCAUAGACCACACCCUCUCUCACUUCAACGUGUCCAACUUCAGACCCGGCAACGCCCCCACCUCCACAUACCUCCCUGAGACCACCGUCUGCAGGUAUAAGGACUACAGAGAGCCUCCAUGGUCAGCUGAAGCCUACCAGUUCUCUAAAACCUACUGGGCCGUCCUUGCUGCCAGACUGGCCUUCGUUAUCCUGUUCCAGGUGACUACCCCAUGA